ACUACUCGGCCGUGGCCUUAAGCGGGAUAAAAGGAUGAGCGAUUAUGUUCUUGAUGGCGACCAUGAUGUUCAUGAAGAUGAGUUUGGAGAUGAAAAUGGGAAAGAAGACGUCAGUGUGACGGACGAAAUGCAUUUCGAUGCUGAGUUAGAGGCUAUCAAAGAACGCUUCAAAGAGAUCGAAGCAGAUGCAAAUAAGUUGCAUGACUUACGCCGCGUUAUCGACAAGUCUCCGAUUUCAACAUCUCGAAUUCUCUUUUCUGCUACAGAAUCGAAUAACUCAAAUUUGUCGGAUGAGGAUAAGACUGAGGUAGACUUGCGCUCCGUGUAUGUUGGAAAUGUUGAUUAUGGUUCUACGGCUGACGAGCUAGAAGCACAUUUUCGUGGUUGCGGACCGAUAAACCGUGUUACUAUAUUGUGCAAUAAAUUUACUGGACACCCUAAAGGAUUCGCAUAUAUAGAAUUCGAUACGCGUGAUGCUGUCGAAGCUGCAAUCGCUUUGGAUGACUCAUCUUUCCGAAGUCGACAGUUGAAAGUCCUACCUAAGCGUACAAAUGUUCCAGGAAUGUCCAUGACAAAUCGUCCCCCUUUUGUGAGAGGUCGCGCACGCGGAAGAGGAGUGUCUAUUGGUUUCCGUCCAGCAUAUGCUGGCCGAAUGCGAUUCCCACGAUAUCGAUUUAAGCAUUGAUACAACAAAACUCAUGGUAGUAGGUGUUGGCCAAGUCGAUCGCGAAUCUUAAUUUUUAAUAACCAUGUAAUUGUCAGACAACGAAGACUGGUGAGCGAUAAGACUUCCCAACUCUCACUUUACCGCUUGCUGACGGGGUUGUAAAUACUACUUUUGGGCGAAGCACCGAACACAGUGUACAGUUUAGAUACAGUGAGGUGAUUUGGAUUUCGCAUACAACCUAGUUGUUUCACAUACACAGCAACACAUGCAGGCGAGGACAGCUACCUUAGUAGCAGCUUCUGAGGCAGCAAGUCUGCACGCUAAUAAAGCGGAAGACUAGAAACAACUAAAUCACACUAGAUGGGAAGGCUAUGGAGUAAGUGAAGACUUGUAAUUACAUAGGCAGCAUCAUAGAUAAACAAGGAGGAUGUAUUGUAUGAAGGCAUGUAUUAAGAAAAAAAGGGCGAAAUUCCUAUAAUUGGAGAACAACUCCCUUAACACUCAAAUCAGAUGCUUCGAUGCAAACCUCAAGACAGUUCCAUUGUACGAAACGGAAGCCUGGAGAACUAGUACAACUAUCAUCAUAAAGGUAUUCAAAAACAGUUACCUAUGCAAGACACUCCAGAUCCAUCGGUCAUACCACCUGAUAGAUAAUAAACCAGCUUUCAGCUGACGAGGAAGUUAGGAAACGACAUUGGAGGUGGAGAGGACAAAAUAAAAAUUAUCACACUAUCAUAUACACAGACCCAACUUUAAAUCCUCAAAACAAAUGGACAAAGCGUAAACUGGAUAUAGACGCGAAAAGAAUGAAUAGCUCUUAGCAAAACUGAAAAUGAGAGAGAACAACAGUCGGUUAAAGGAUCCUGUUCGGCAGCAUUUGCUCCACAUGAGAUGAUCAGCGUAAGUAAUUAAUGUUUUGAAAGUUUCUUAAACCUUU